AUGAAGAAACUUGCCACUCUCUUCAUGGGAGGAAACAACAAUGAAACAACAGCCGAUGAAAAGAAUAAAAAAAAAUUACUUGAGAAGGGAGUUCAGCAAUGGACAAAAAAAGAUGUGUCACUCUGGUUGAAAUCUUUAGAAUUGACUGACUAUUGUAAAGAAUUUGAAAAAGCUGAUAUUACUGGUGCAGAAUUAUUAGAGUUGACGGAUGAUGAUUUAAUCAAGGAUUUAAAAGUUACCAAAUUAGGUCAUCGUAAACGAUUGAGAAAGCACUUGGAAUAUUUGGUACAACAUCAUGAUUUUCUCAAUGAUGAUGAGGAAAAUACACUCUCUGAUCACUCCAAUGUACUUUCCAGUAAUAGUCAAUUCGUGUCGCAACAACAACAGUUCAAUUCUUCUCCAAUUGGAACACCACCCUCUUCCAUCACUUCAGUGACUACUGGUCAAACUCCUUCUACUCGAUCAUUGAAUCAUCACUUAAAGUCAUCUCCAUCGAAUUUGAGUCAUCAAACCAAUGGUAUCAGUAACAAUCACAGACAAGAGACAUCCUUGUAUGGUGGUGGUCAAUAUGGUGAUACAGAUUCUGUUUCUUCUUCUUCUUCCUCUUGUGUCAACAUUCUUUCGACAGAUGCAUUCUCUACUUUAUGGAUCAAGUGUUAUGAGUUACCACAACAACAACAACCAACAAUGAUGGGUCAACAACAAGAAUCUCCUCUCAAUGAGAGUAGUAAUAGUCACCACAACACUAUGAUUUUAAAAUUUAAUUUAGGUAAUGAAAAUGAUGGAAUUCAGAAUACAAAUUCUUCCAUGAAUUCCAUCUUGUCACAAAUUCCUUCCUUAGAAGAGGUGAAACAAGAAAUUCUUUCAAGACUUGGUCAAAAACAACAACAUGUUCCGUAUUCUUCUUCACAACUUCAAUUGAAAUACAAAGAUGAAGAUGAUGAUAUGAUUGCAUUGAAAAGAGAUGAAGAUUUCAAACUAUGUGUUCAACAAUAUCUACUUGCAAGAAAUAAUUUCAUAUCAUCAUUGUCGAGUACUAAUAGUCGACAUACAUGUCGAUAUUUAAAGCUUUACAUGAGCUUGCCAUCAUCAAGUAAUGGUAUGAUCAAGAUGAAUAUUCCUUCCCAGGUUGUUCAUUCUUCCGUGAACAAUCACCACCUCAAUGAUGAAUUGAAUCAUUCCAAAAAGACCAUUCAAGGUUGUUCGAUCAAUAGUGAAAGUGAAGAAUUGGUUGAAAUAUUGGAUGGAAUGGUUGAAGCCAUGAUUGUCAUGACUGCUCAUGAUAAGCUCAUUAAAUAUGUCAAUAAGGCAACAGAAUCACUUUUACUCUUCACAAGAGAGGAAUUGAUUGGAUUCAAUGUCACUAAAAUAAUGCCAAGUGCAUAUCGUCAACAUCAUGAUGAAUAUGUUGAUCUUUAUUGUAAAACAGGAAUCCCAAAGAUUAUUAACAAGGGAAGGAUAGUACCUGUUAAAAACAAACAUGGAAAGGUAUUUGAUUGUUGGUUGAGUGUGAGUGACAGUACAUGGGGUAAUCAGAGAGCAUUCACUGGAACUUUGAAAGUGAUUUACUCGUCAGAUUCUUCGAGUCCUUCUUCCUCUUCCGUCAACACUACCACCACUCGUCCUCAAGUAUUUCCUUUCUUAGAAAAUAUGGUGGAUGGUGUCAUUAUUAUUUCUGGUAACGAUGAUAUUGUGAGAUAUUUCAACAAGUCUGCAGAACAAAUGUUUGGAUACUCCAGAGAGGAAGUGGUUGGUCAAAAAGUUGGAAUGCUUGUCUAUGAUGAACGUGUUCGACAAUGUCACAACCAAUAUGUCAAGAGAUACAUGGAGAGUGGAGAUUCUCACAUUGUUGGAAUUGGACGUCGUGUGGAGGCUCUGACAAAGGAUGGAAAAAUGAUUCCCAUAUUCUUGUCAGUGAAUGAAACCAAAUGGAACAAUGGUCUCAAUGGAAGAUGCUUUAUUGGUACCACCAAAUUACUCGAUCAGAACAGUGCCAUUUCAAAAUAUGUGUAA